AUGCUGGGAAAAAUAAGUCUAGGACUAUCUUUUGGGAUUGUCUCUAGCCCUCAGUACGCAGCACAUGAAAUGCAAAUUGGUGCAAUUACUUUCCAGGUUGCUAUUGGCGAUAUCACCAAAGAGAGGGCUGAUGUGAUUGUCAAUUCAACAACAAAGACAUUCAAUGGGAAGUCAGGGGUUUCCAAAGCAAUUUUGGAAAGAGCAGGACCAGCUGUGGAAAAGGAAUGUGCUAAACUAGGUAUGAUCCCNNNUCAAGAUUUUAUAGUUACCCAAGGUGGAUCUUUAAAUUGCCAGAAGAUAAUCCAUGUGAAUGGGAGCAGUGACGUGAGGAAAACCGUUUAUAGAGUUCUACAGGAGACUAAAGAGAGACAGUACACUUCUGUUUGUCUUCCAGCCCUCGGAACAGGAAAUGCUGGGAAAAAACCAGCCAAGGUAGCUGAUGAUAUCAUCAGUGGUGUUGCAGAUUUCACCCAGAAGCAUUUCUCUGGAUCAUUAAGCUUUGUUAAAGUUGUCCUCUUUCUACCUCAUCUGUUAAGUGUAUUCUACAACAGCAUGAAAAACCGAGAAAGCCAUGUGUUGCCUGCCAUUCAGUUUCCAACCUCUGAGACUGCAGGAUUUUCAAAUGCCAGCUAUUUCACAGGUGAUGUUCCUCAGCACUGGACCUCCACGAAACAGCAGCAUCUGCAAGUGGUCCAACUACCACCCGGCCAAUCAGAAUACAAUAACGUCAAGAGCAAGUUCAAGCAGACUUGUCCUUCGAACAAAAUAGAAAAGAUUGAGAGAAUAGAGAAUGUAAAUCUCUGGCAGUGCUACCAGCUAAAGAAAAAGCAGAUGGAUAUCAAGAAUGGUCAUACAAAUAAUGAGGAAAUCCUUUUCCACGGGACAGAUGUUGACUCACUGCCACAUGUCAAUCAGCACGGCUUCAAUCGCAGUUACGCCGGGAAGAAUGCUGCAGUCUAUGGAAAAGGAACCUAUUUUGCUGUCGAUGCCAGUUAUUCUGCUGAUGAUAGAUACUCCAAACCAGACAGGAAUGGGAGAAAGCAUAUGUACGUUGUAAGAGUUCUCACUGGAGAUUAUACACGUGGACAUGCACACUUAGUUAGUCCUCCUGCGAAGAAUUCUGUCAACUCUACAGAGGUAUAUGACUCCGUCACAGAUGACCCACAAAACCCGAAGAUAUUCGUGGUGUUCAAUGAUAAUCACUCUUAUCCUGAAUAUCUUAUAACUUUCCUCCCUGCUUAUAGUUAA